GAAGAGAUUAGCAUUAUCAAAGUAGAGGUCAAUUGGAUCAAAGAAAAUACUAUGGCUAACCUGGCAGCCCCCAAGUUUUCCCUGAAUGUAGGCGGUGCAUCAUCUUCAGAAGCUAAUUCUGAAAAUUUUGAGGCACUGACAGCUCGCAACUAUGAGGCUGCAGGUGAAGUUAAGAACCCCAUUGACUAUGUGGAGCUGUUUGAGGAUGAAGCUAAACAGAUAACAGAGGAACUAACAAAUGGUUUGACACAGUUGAGCAUGCUCUCUAUUGUUGGAAUGCCAGGAAUUGGUAAGACAACACUAGCCAAUCCCAUAUACCAGAGUCCUUUAGUUCCUCUGCACUUCCAUGUUCAUGCAAGGUGUUGUGUCACUCAGUUGUAUCAAAAAAGAAGAUUGUUGCUGGAAAUUCUGCAACAAGUUAAUGCAAGAACCGAGCCAAGACACGGAUUGACUGAUGAUGAAUUAGCAGAAGAGUUGUAUAGAAGUCUGAAGGGGAAAAAGUAUCUCAUCUUCUUUGAUGAUUUGUGGGAUACCAGGCUGUGGAAUGAUACGAGUACCUCUUUCCCAGAUGAUAAUAUGGGAAGCAGAAUUAUGUUCACAAGCCGAUUUCAUAACAUUGUGUCACAAAUUGAACGUAAGAGUAUUACUUAUCCUCUCAAUCCCUUAUCAGAGGUUACUUGUUGGAAAUUGCUGGAAGUGAAGCUUUUUCAAAAAGAAUGCUGCCCUCAAGAACUUUUGGGAGUUGGAAUGCAAAUGGCUAUCAAUUGCAAAGGCCUACCACUUGCUGUGGAUUUGGUAGUUGGUCUGCUCAGAAACAAGGAGAGAAGACAAGAUUGUUGGGAACAAAUUGCAAAUAGUUUAAAUACACACCUUCUUGCAGAUCAACAGGGUCGAUGCUGGGGUAUACUAGAACUCAGUUACAACCAUUUGCCAAAUUAUUUGAAGCCAUGCUUUCUCUAUUUCAGAGCAUUUUCUGAGGAUGAAGAAGUUCCAGUAUCUGAGUUGAUGUGGUUAUGGAUUGCAGAAGGAUUUGUUCAACCACAAAAAGACGAGAAAGGAAGCUUAGAGGAUGUAGCUAAGAAGUAUUUGAGCGAUCUAAUUGCUAGAAGCCUCGUAAUGAAAACCAAAAGAGGAUCUCUUGGUGGAGUCAAAGCAAGCCGCAUUCAUGAUCUACUGCAUGAUUUUGUCUUGGCAAAAGCUAAAGAAGAGUGCUUCAUGGAGGAAAUAAAUGGUUAUGAGCAUUUGAUUUCACCUUCUUGUGUCCACACAAUGUCCAAGCCAUACCGUUUGUUUGUCCAUUCCAGGUGGAUGGAUGGUGCUGCAAUAACAAAGCCUUCUGCUGUUCGCGUCCGCUCUCUGAAAUAAGCAAUCUCCAGAGCCUGGAAACUUUUCUUUUGAGGCUGAAAAGAUACGG